ACCGGCAUCUCUCUACAAAAGGGACCGACAACCCACUGCCAUGUAUCCUCAUACCUAAUUCCCACAAGCCAUGAAUAGCCCACUUCUCCGUCUUCCUUCGGAGCUCCUGGGCUCUAUCCUCCAGUUCGCCUCGACGGACGAAAACAUCAGUGCUGGCCUCCGAGACCUUAUAAACGCCAGCAAGACUUGUACCGUCCUGCACCAUGCUGUAUUCUGUAUCACUAAUGACCGCCUCCUCUGGUAUCCGUUGGCCGCCUCGCUCGGAAUCCCGCCAACCGUCGCACUCGACGAUCUCCUCUACGCCGGCACAUCCGCGGUGCAGAAGCGCCAAUGGAUCCACGUCGUGCGCCUCAACUACAGCUGGGCGCAGCCCUUCCCGUCGUCAUCGUCCUCCUCCGAUCAGCCCGCAACGAUGCCGGUGCUACAGCGGGCCCGAGGAGUGAUCCCGCGCCCGUGGUGGCGUAUCAACCCCGCGCGGAGAAAGACGGUACAGAUGUGCGUAGCCGAAGAGGGCUCGACAGCGAGCCCGUCUUACAUUGCGGCGCAUGCGGCGGCAAGGAACGGCGGCGUUGCGUUGUUUGGCGCGAGGUACUGCGAUAAGGCUGUAAGUCCUGAUAACGGCCUCCUGGAUCCGGCGCUGGUCGUGCCGGCGUAUGUUUACCCAAAGCUGUGUGAGGACGAGAGUCAGUUUUCACCUUGCUUGGGGUUUGUGGAAUCGCGCGGGAAGGAGGGUGGUGAAGUCCGGAUUUCGGAGAUGGCACCGGAGCAGAAGAGACGGGUGGUGAGAACUUGGAAUACUGGCAUGAGAAAGUUUUUGACUUUCAAAACGUGCGGUGAUAUGUCGGUCGGGCUGUGUCGCGUGCCAGUCACGCUGGAGGGGACGGACCCGAGCGCUAGGAGCCUCGUCUGCUUGAGAGCAACGGAUGGUGAUAAGUGCAAUGUGGUGUGGGAACACAAGCAUGUGUAUGGUGACUGGGAGGACACCGAAGACGACUAUAUGAGGUAUCCGCGGAUCCGGAACUUCCACAUGACGAGUACACAUGUGGUAUGUCUCGUGACCCGCUCGCCGGAUCAUUCACACGCAAAACUCACACGCAUCGAAUUCCGCGUGCUGGACCUGCGCACCGGCGAGACCUGCCGCACCAUGGUCUUCAGUCGCCAGCCCAUUUCCUCCCACCCGGGUAUGAUCACCGCACUAACCACAGUGUUGGAGCACGACUUCAUCCUCACCGACAAAUUUGUCGUUUCCGGCGGACAAGGCGGGGAGCUCCUCGUUUGGGACUAUCGCACAACGAGCAGGGCCUCAUCCACCGUGCCCAACACUAGCUCUGACGCCCUGCUAUACGCAAUUCCUGUCUGGUGUUCAAGCUCCAGUAGUGAUAAUGCGGGAUCCUCCAGAACGUGGUCUGCCCUCACCAUCAGUGUCGAUGGGCGGUAUCUCGGCGCAAUGGUUAGCGACCAACUUUUUAUCAUCGACAUGGUGGAGAAAACAGUUGCCGCACGCUACCACAACGGCCGGCUAGUCCGGCCGCGAGACCGCUACGUCAAGAACCCGCGCGAUGACUUUGCCGGCGGGAUCUGGUGCUGGUGGAAAGAAUGGGAGUCCCAAACGGACCCCAAAAGCGGGGAGCAAACAUGGCAGGAAGUCCCCAACGGAGACGGCGUCACGUAUCUUGCUGGCAUCGUCGAGGAGGGUAGGUGGAUCGACCCCGACGAUAUACCGAAGUAUAUCACAUCGGCCAUAGCACUCUCCGCGUUUUGCCUGGAUAAUAGGAACUUCAUGUGGCUGCUGGCGAUGCUUUCGCCAUUCGUCGUGCCCCUCCUGGUAGCCUGGUUGUUGCCGGUCGAGUGGGCUUUGAGAUUGAGGAUGUGAUGAGGGGGCUGUAUGGUACCUAGCGUGUUGUGAUGGAAUUGAUUUUUGUAAUAUCAAAGCUGGACAUUUGAUUGCUUUAAGCGGGAGUGGGAUUGACAUGCACACGCCAUCACCCGUGAUCGGUUGUUGCAUGAAAUCGGGCGCAGCUCAGGCCAAUUGAUUCGAACU